CAGAUGGCGGGUGUUUUGAUCUGUCAAAGUUGCAUCUCGUAUGCCAACUAGACAUCAUUCUAGAACAAUGAGUGGGAACCAAGCAGAGAUAUUGGAAAAGCUUAUGCAAAUGAAGAAGGAAUUAGCAAGAAAAGAAAAAAAACUUAAGAAAUGUGUCCGAGCAACCUCCGCCAAGGAGUAUGUUAAAAGAAGGCUGAGAGAACAAGAGGUGCUGGAGGUGAAGACUUCUGCUGUUCACUUGACCUCUGACCUUUGUCUGCCUGCAGCUCUCCCACAGAAAACCUCUUUACUUGAUCGUUCAAAUAAAACCAGUCCUUUUGUGUCAAUAUCUCCCAAUCACUGCAGAAUUACUCAAUCUCUGGACUUGGCAACUGAACCUGGACCAGCAGGUAACAUUACUGUGGAUACUCAUGGAUCUACUGGUGUAUUGACAACAAGCCAACAUGAAGGCUCAGAUACAAAUACCGUGAAAUCUGGUAGCUUUCCUGACAAUGCUGUGGAGAGAACUUCUCAACCCUCUGUCUUUGGUGACAGAAAUGUGGAAACAGUUUCUGUUAACAGAAUGACAUGCUUACAACCUGAUCAGCAAAAAUCUGAAGACAAUGGAAAACAUUUCUUCCAAAACAACAGAACGGAAGAUGUAGUCUGUGCAAAUACUUAUAGGCUUGGUACCAACUCUAAAGCCGAAAUUCUCUUUUCAGAAUCUGGCUCUGACAAAGGCUUGAGCUGGAACUCUUCAGGUGAGUCGGUUUCUAGUGCUGAACAUCAAGGUAGGAGAUCUUUGUCUUUAAAGCGUAAAAGAAAUAUCAGUAGCAAUGUUUCACCUCCUAAAGGCAACAAAUGUGAGCAACAAACAUUUAACACACACUUAGCAAGGUCAAAGGGUAUGGUGAGUACUACAGCUUUUAUCACACAUGUACCUGUUAACCUUCCUGAUCACAGUGUGGUAGGAAAUGUACAGACAGCAAAGAACAAUGGAAGAAUAUCGAACAUUACAGACUCUUCCUUAUCAAAUGAUGAUGAAAAGAUACCAGCGAUUAUAUGUAAACAAAAAGAGCCAAUCAGCAUGUCAACACAAGAACAUCCUGUAGGGAAGAACCCGGAACACCACAUGGGGAGGCCAAAGAAACCAGAACAUCCCAUGGGGAGGCCAAAGACACCAGAACAUCCCAUGGGGAGGUUGAAGAAACCAGAACAUCCCAUGGGGAGGUUGAAGAAACCAGAACCAGAAUCUAAUAUCAAGAAUCAAGAAGGGUCAGAAAACAGCAGAGUCAAGAGAAAGUGUGUGAAAAGAAGACGGAGGACAAUUGGUAGAAUUUUGGAUGUUGAUUUAGAAAAGGAUAUAAAUUUCUCUGCCAAUUCAGAAUCCUCUCAAAACUGUGAAGAGUAUGAAACACUGCGGUUGAUACAGCAGAGCUAUCGAUUAGGGGUGGACUACUCUACCCGACACGGUAAAACUCACAACCUCCCCUCAAUGCUCUCAUCGAUAUUUCAGUAUUUUAUUGAUGAAAAUCGGCGACAAAAAGACCCUUGUGAUUUUAGUCUUCCAGAAGAUCAGUUUGGAAGGUUGAUGAGAAAACGCUUAAAAGAGAUAACGUUGGAAUUUUCAAAUAACUCUCAACAUGAGGAGGAGAUUCCCAGAACGGAACUUCACAUGGAUGAGUCAGGGCUUAAUUCCAUAGAAACUUCACAGGGUUUGUUCCAUCCUAAUAGACAAGGAAUGGAGUCAACAGCAUCAUUAACAGAUCAUCCUAGAAAGCUGAAAAUAAAGAGCGAUAAAGUUAAGGAAACACAAAGUGUGAACAAUUUUGCAUCAUCCCAUCAGCAUUGCCGAGCUGUCCCUAAAGCAGCGGUAGAUGUGCAUGGGGAAGAGAUUGUUGGGAUCACUGAUACUUGUCCUGUUAUGUCUGUACAGUGUCCACCAGUCUUAACAUGUGACCACACCCGGCAGGAACACAGCAAAGGCUAUUGGAAUACAAGUUCAGAUUGUUGGUGUAAAAAACAACCAUCAGAAAACCAAAAUAGUUUAGCAUAUAACAAAAACAUGAAAUUGUCAAGCAAUUGUUUUGAGAGUCAAGAAACACCAAAGAGUGACACUGAGAGCUGUGUUUACAGUGAAGAAUUUAUUCCCAUGUCACCAGCUCUGUUUGCCUCCCCACCUGAUGGCCUGGGAACUGAGGAUUCUUUGUCUGUAGGAGACUGGGACUCCCAGGAUAGCCAACUCAUCCACACUCGCAGAUCAAACAAGGGGGAGAAGCUCAAACAUCUCGGCUGCAUCAAGUUAUCACAGACUGACUCACUGAGGUGUGUAGCUGCUUGCUGUAUACAGAUUAUCCGCCGCAGAACAGAUGUGGUAUUAUGUAUUGGCCAAUCAACAAUCAGUUUAUGGAACCAGACAGGAGACACCUACACUUGUGUUGACUCAUGGCAGCUUGAACAGGACUACAGUUCUGUGGAGUGUUACACCUACCCUGCUGUAUUCCGUGAUAAGUUCUGCUACUUUGUGGUUGUGCUGCGGGGUGCUGGAUGUACCGUCCAGGUGGUUCACUACAAUGCCAGGACAGACAAGCCACAGCUGAUACAGUGUCUACAGGGAAACAGAGUUACUGCCUGCUGCCUGAGUGUAGAAGCUCUAGCUGUGGGACAAACUUACCAGGCUAUGACUAAGGUGACCAAAUAUUCUGUGGACUAUGAUGGUCAGUUAAUGGUCCAGCAGGAGUUUGACCCCUCUCCAUAUGGUUUGGCUACACCUAGGUGUUUGAUGCUAGUGGAGAAUCUCCAGUCAGCACUGGUCCUAUGGUCCUCCAACAACACACUAGCACUUUGGAACACAGACACAGGAACACUGGUGUGGACACUUGACCUCUCACUGACCUGGCCAGAGAUGUCCACUCUAGUCUCAGCACAGUGGCAACAGGAGUAUUUAUUGCUGUCUCUGCUUACUGAGAAGAAAGCUGAUGAUGCUGGUGUUUUAUUGGUGGUCAACCCUGAGACAGAGAUCAGCAAAAUACUGAUUCACUACAAUGCCACUAGCUGGGAAGGAUUGAAGUGUGGUGGACAGCUUGAGGACAGCAUUGCUGCCACUGAUCACAGAGGUCAGACAUGUGUGUGGGAACCCUACACCGGCCAGCUGUCUUACCAAUGUGACCCCUCCACUGGUGUCAAAGGUCUUGGCCACUACUGGAGGAAGGUCAUCGCUAUGUACAAUCACUGUGUACACAUCUUUAAGUAACAUCAUUAUGUAAACAUUUGUAGGCGACAUCGCUGUGUACACGUUUUAAGGUGACAUCACCGAGUGCACAUGUUUAGGCGAGAUCACCAAACACAUUGCUAGGUGAUCUUACUACAGUAUAUUUAAAUUCACUGGACAUCAUUAGGUGACAUCACUAUGUAAAAUCACCGACUCACUGUACACAGCUUUUGGUGACAUCACCAUAUAUUGUUACCUUAUACACACAGGUUGUUAACUAACAAGCACAACAUAUGGUGUUAAUAUGAAAUAUUAUGCAAUAUUAAGAUGAAAAAAGGUGUUUUUAAAAUGUGUAGGGUUUUUUCUUUCUUAAUAAGCUUUUAUCAUUGUACAUUAUCCAAAGUAAUAACUCUACAAUAUACCCCAUUGAUUGGUAUAGUGAAAUAUCAGUAUCAAAAUGCUGGACAAUUUUUUCAGUUUAUAAAAAAGAUUAUUUUGCUCAAUAAAUGAAGUAAACUAGAACAGGCAUACAAACAUAGAUGAUCUGCUAAAUUUAGAUUUAUUCAGAGUGGUACCGAGUCUCUCAGGGGUCAAAAGGUGUUACUGUAUAUGAAAUACUUUUUCAGUACAAUGGAAAUUGAGGGUAUUGAAGAAGCCAGAAAUGACAUUUAUCAUGUUUUGCAUAUUUUUUUCAUCAUAUUAUGGACACUUGCAUGAAAUUUAUUGCUUCUUUCAGGACUAAAAUUAAGUGUAUCUAGCCCAUAUAGUAAUACAUAAGGGAUCAAAAUGAUCAGCAACAAAUAAAUCAACAACAUUAGAAACCUUUACCUCAAUAUUUUAGCAACCUUUAUGAGUAUGUCCACCGUUAUUGUUGCACCUGUUUAUUUUUUCUGAAGUAAAAACUAUGUACAGCUGAAUGUUUUCUUGGAAAGCUAACUAAAAAUAUUGUCCUGGUUUUGUUGGUGCUUCAGAAGCCUCUUUUUAAUUGUUUUGUGAAAUAUACAAGUUUCUACUUUAUAGAAAUUGUGAUGCAUGCAAACUGUGAUCAUAAGGAUUUGUAUGAGUAAAGGAUAGUUAUUGUUAAUGUAUAGCACAAUAAAAGUUGAUGUUGAAGCAGAGGUUUUGGUGCUGAUUAAUUGAAGGGUUCAAUACAAACACGGCAACACCUGGUGGAUUCUUGGCAAUGAACCUUCAUAGAUUAGAACAACAUCUGCUUCAAAGAAACUCUUGGCAAGUCAAUUUUCAAAGAACAACAAUGGCUUUAUUUCAUUCUUUCAUCACAUACAUAUCAUACCGUUCAUGUUUAAUCUUCAUCAAUAAACUUAAUACAAAAAUUAGCUCUUUCUCGAUAUCUAAACUGAAGUAUUAAAAUUUGCAAUACACAUACAAGGCACCAGGAACAUGAAAGGAUAUAGACAGGUCCAAAAUUGUUUCAUUUUGGAGGUCAAUAUCAUGUGGACAAAAAUGUAUUCAUCAAAUUUAGAUCGAUUUCCACCAGAAAUAUUUAUCUUGUGACAUUUGAAAUUUGAUUUGGGUCUAAGACCAUUUCAUGAUCCUGUUCCAGGUAUAACACAGUUCCAUCAACACAAACAGAUACCUUCCAGCCAAGAUUAUGUAAGACAAUCUCCACCAGAAAAAUAUGGUUUAUAGGUUUAUCGAGAUCGAGCCACAUUUAAAUGAAACUUGUCUGCAAGUACAUUGUGGUCAAGACCUCAUGAUACACAAAUUAUUGUGGUCAAGACCUCAUGAUACACAAAUAAUGUCCACAGGUACAUUGUGGUCAAGACCUCAUGAUACACAAAUAAUGUCCACAAGUACAUUGUGGUCAAGACUUCACGAUUCACAAAUAAUGUCCACAAGUACAUUGUGGUCAAGACUAUCCAAGAUAAACGACUCGCUCCACAAUAUACAAAAUACUCUCCGUGAAUAAUCAUGGCCUGGAUAUCUCCAAAAUAAACAUUAAAUACUCAAGUACUGUCAGAGAAUACAUCAUAGUCUAGACUCUUUUCACAACAAACGAAUACUGUCGGCG